CAAAAAAGAAGGUGUUAGCGAUGGAGAAGUACAAUAGGGGCAAAACUCUCAAGAAAUAUAAAGACUCAAACAUAUCUGAUGAAAUUCUACAAUCAAAUAAAUCAGAUAUAGACCUUAAUAGCAUCAUGAAUAGACUUGCAGCAUUAACCAUCAAUUGUAUAGAACAAGAAGAAAAGCUAAAUCAUUCCAAUAUUAAAAAUAUGAUUUAA